AUGAGCAACGGCGUGGAGAUGCGGCGCAAGACCGCGACGCACCAGGAUUCGGACAGCAUCACGGCAAACCACAUGUCGCGCGAGUCCUUUACGCUGGACGAUCCCGUCCCCCGGACCCCGACGGCCAACGACGUCGGCUUCUUCGAACUUCCCGCGCAGGACCAGAGGAGCUUCUUGCUGCUCGUCUUGCUCUACUUUUUGCAGGGCAUCCCCAUGGGCCUUGCCAUGGGAUCCGUGCCGUUUCUGCUCAAAAACCACAUGUCGUAUGGCGAAAUAGGCACCUUUAGCCUGGCGUCGUACCCUUACUCUCUCAAGUUGUUCUGGAGUCCCUUUGUCGACGCCGUCUGGAGCUCCAAGAUUGGGCGGCGGAAGACAUGGAUCGUGCCCAUCCAGUUCCUGUCCGGCUUCGGCAUGCUGUGGCUGGGAUCCAACGUGGAGGACAUGAUGGAGAAGAUUGGCAAGCCUGAUGGCCCCACCGUCUGGACCUUUAUGCUCUGGUGGUUCUUCCUGGUGCUCAUGUGCGCCACGCAGGACAUUGCCGUUGACGGCUGGGCUCUCACGCUGCUGACGCCUGGCAACGUGUCGUAUGCGUCGACGGCGCAGACCGUGGGACUGACGGCGGGACACUUCAUGUCCUACACCGUCUUCCUCGCCCUCAACGCCUCCGACUUUGCCAACAAGUAUUUCCGCUCGACUCCUUCUGACGACGGGCUCGUGUCUCUCGGGGGCUACCUGACCUUUUGGGGAUGGACCUACAUCAUCGUCACCAUUGGCCUGGGCUUGCUGAAGCGCGAGGAGAAGUCGCAGAACGAGGACGGCGUUUGGGACGUCUACCGCAUCAUGUGGGGCAUUCUCAAGCUGCGCAACGUGCAGACCAUCAUCAUCGUGCACCUGAUUGCCAAGAUUGGAUUCCAGGCCAACGACGGCGUCACGAACCUCAAGCUGCUCGACCUGGGCUUCGGCAAGGAGAACAUGGCCCUGACCGUCCUCAUCGACUUCCCCUUUGAGAUUGGCGUUGGAUACUACGCCGGCAUCUGGUCUCAGAAGUACUCGCCCAUGCGCCUGUGGUGCUGGGGAUUCGCCGGCCGCUUGCUGGCCGCGCUGAUUGCGCAGGUGACGGUGGCCAUCUUCCCUGCCGAGGGCGUGACGACGUGGUAUCUCCUGGUCGUCAUUGGCGAGCAUGUGUUUUCGACGUUUACAAACACCAUCAUGUUUGUGGCCGUCUCGGCAUUCCAUGCCAAGGUUUCGGAUCCGGUUAUUGGAGGCACUUAUAUGACACUCCUUGCAACCGUUUCCAACCUAGGCGGCACGUUCCCUCGAUACUUUGUCCUGAAACUUGUAGACGCCUUUACCGUUGCAACUUGCCACCCCGGCUCCAAGACAUCAAAGAACCUCAAGGGUCCGCUUGUUACGGAGGCGUUCUCAUGCGCCAUCCAGGGCGAAAAGGAGCGAUGCAUCAACGGCGGCGGAACCUGCGAGAUGAUUCGCGAUGGAUAUUACACCGUCAACAUCCUCUGCGUUCUGUUUGGCGUCGCCACCUUUGUGUGGUAUAUCAAGCCAAAGGUGCUGCACUUGCAGAGCCUGCCACUGAGGGCGUGGAGAUUGGCUGAAGGUAGAAACGACAAAUGA